ACGCGCCGUUCUCUCCUCAGUAUCACAUUUCGCACUGUACUCGGAGAAGGAGGAACCUCCAUGUGGGCAACUUUCGCCAACUUUUGACUGUUUUGAAAUGACUGUGCAGUUGUAACACCAUGUCGGAGUCGGUCGACUUGGAGGUACCUCCGUCCCCGGGGACCCCGACCCCGUCCCCCCAGGGCGGUAAAACAGGGCGUGGCGUAGUGAGGAAAAGAAGCGUCCGAAGGUGCAUUUCCACAGGCAAGGAGGAGGCCAUCCCACUGACGUACGGCCGCAACAGGGAGGAGUAUGACAAGAUUGUGGAGAGGGUGAUGUCGGACAAGGCUGUCCAGGCCGCCGUGGAGAGCCUCCAGGAACGCUGGAAGAUGAUCAUGAUUAUGCACGAGGACUGCAUGCAGAUGGUGGAGGACUGGGACGACCGGCAGUUGAAGAAGGCUCAGGCCAUUGAUGUGUUUCAGCUCCUCAUCGCUGUCAUGAUAGCCGUGUCGGUCCUAAUCCCGGUCAUGUGUAGUGUCUACAAGUGGGGAUGAUGAUGCUGCUGCUGAUGAUGAUGCUGCUGCUGAUGAUGAUGAUGCUCAUGUGGAUGGGACUAUGGUUGCAGAUGCAGGUUAAGUCUUACGCAAUUCCCACACGAACAAAGAUAUGGUUAGCCAUAGGAUUUUGAUGGUUGGCGUGGCAGACGACAAUGGUUCUGGACAAAGAAAUGAAACCCUCCAGUCGUCUGAACUUGCAAACGUCGUGGAGAAUGAUAAUUCUUAGCAACGAACGAGUGUGGUAGUGAAAAAAUAUGUUCAAGUGUAACUUGCGUGUCCCUCGUUGUACAGAUGAAUAUAGCUAGUUACAGUGUGCUAGAUGCAUGACACUGACUGGAAGCACUAGCCGACAUACGUCUCCCGGUGGGUCGGUAAUGCAUGGCCUCCCUCAAUGGAAGCCGAUAUGUCAGCGAAAGACUGUGACAAGGCGUACAUCUGUGAACUUUGCGUGAGUGAGUCAUUUACCCCUUGAAGCCGACUCCAGAUAUAUCACCACGGGGCGGAAAGGGCAUAACACGUGGGAAAUCAAACCCGGAUUUUCGGCUUGACGAGCAAACACUUUCACCACAAGCCUACUCCGCCGCCCCCGAGUGGACAUUGCAAAUGGCCUGACUACUUUACUUACCAGCAUGACAGGGGACGGUAGACGUGUUCCGUGUUAUAACAUCACAUAAUAAACAGACACUAAACUUCAA